GCCAUAUUUAGAGUUAUUUCAAAAAAGGGUAGUCUUACCCUGUGUUUUUAUUUUAGUAUGAUAGAGAAUACACGAAAKUUGAUAAUGUACGAAUGAUAGAGGGGCUAAUUUAAAAAGUAUUCAUAUUUCUCGACCCUCUCAAGUUUGACGUCAGUACCUUUGUCAAAGUCACGAACAAUUUUGCAAAAUUAUGSAUUUUGUUCAAGUGUAUACCUGACGUCGAUGGCUCCUGACAUGCGCUGAAUUCAAAAGACUGCUUUUAAUUUCCGAAUAUAAAUAUGAGAUCUCAUGCCUGGCGGCAAUAUAGUUAUCAAUCAGAUACCCCRACCCUAGUGUCAUGAAACAUCACGAAAGUUCCUUAAACCCAACUCACUAGGUAAACUACGUGAAUACGGUAACGAAGGGAGGUUUUUAAGAUAAAGGGGAUCACGUUCCUUUUAAAAAAUCGUAAAAAGGGUGUCAUUUUUUCGUUUGCGUGUCUAACGUGAUCGUUCGAGUGUUUCGUGACGUGACCUCAAAUUACCCAGAGUUCGUCUGUGGUGUUUGUAUUGCGUGACGCAAGCGCAGUAAAGGCGCUGCCACAUGUGCGUUGUUCCAAAGUUCGAACAAGAAGCACAGAGGGACAAGAAGCCGGUUAUGGACGCUUGAAAAUCACUUCCAAACCUGAAUACUACCAAACCGAGCGCCCUGUACCCUACUACGAUCUUCCUAGUUGCUGGUAUUGCAACUKUGAACUACCAUGAGGUCGUGUGAAUGGUUUUAAAGGCUGUUUAAAAGAGUAUGGAUCGGGUUUAGUGCUUGAUGGCUUUGUGCAAGAGUCGUUGUAGCGGGUUCAUGGCUCUCCCUACAACUCACUCCCAACGAACACCCGUCUUUAACAACAACAGACAUUAUGCUCCACAGCAGAUGCAGCAACAAGGAAACCACCCAGACAGACCCAUAGGAUAUGGGGCUUUUGGGGUAGUUUGGUCAGUGACAGAUCCUCGCAAUGGCAAAAGAGUGGCUUUGAAGAAAAUUCCCAAGGUCUUUGAGAGUAUUACAUCCUGUCGAAGAGCCUAUCGUGAACUACGAAUGUUAUCCACCUUCAAACACGAUAAUGUACUAUCGGCAGUAGAUAUAGUCCAUCCUGGCCACAUCGAUCUAUUCAAUGAGAUUUAUGUUGUUUCUGAGUUGAUGCAGUCUGAUCUCCAUAAAAUCAUCGUAUCUCCACAACCACUCACAGCAGAUCACGUUAAAGUUUUUCUAUAUCAAAUUUUACGAGGAGUCAAAUAUCUUCACUCAUCAGGAAUCAUACAUCGCGACAUCAAACCUGGAAAUUUAUUAGUUAAUAGCAAUUGUCUCUUAAAGAUAUGUGAUUUUGGUUUAGCACGCAUGGAGGAGCCCAAUGAAAGUAUUGUGAUGACACAAGAGGUUGUGACCCAGUAUUACAGAGCUCCAGAACUGCUMUCAGGAGCCACAUACUAUACCCAAGCAGUGGAUAUAUGGUCAGUGGGUUGCAUUUUUGCUGAGCUUUUGAGCAGAAAAAUUUUGUUUCAAGCAGAAAGCCCAGUCCAGCAGCUUAACCUUAUAAUAGACUUAUUGGGAACACCAAGCUUAGAAGAUCUUGCCAAAGCUGGUGCCAGUGAUGGAGCGACUAAAUACAUCCUACAGAGACCACACAAACAACCUUCACUUGCCACCCUGUACAACUUAUCUAACCAGGCCACACAUGAAGCUGUUCAUUUACUGUGCCGAAUGCUAGUUUUUGAUCCUAGCAAAAGAAUGACUUGUACAGAUGCACUAUCCCAUCCAUACUUAGACGAAGGAAGAUUGCGUUACCACACAUGCAUGUGCCCAUGUUGUCACAACAUGCCCRGAGGAAGGCAAUAUGUUUCUGAAUUUGAGCCUGCAAAUCCCAAGCUAUUUGAUGACAGUUAUGAGGUGAAUCUGAACACAAUCCCAAGGGUAAAAGAAUCUGUUUAUAAAUUUAUUUUGGAGAGGCAGAAAAACUCUGUUCCACUGUGUAUAAAUAUGGCAUCACCAUCGUACAAGAGUUUUCAGAGAUCUGGGGUUGCACCUCAGCCAGACAAGGCCGGCUCUCCACAACUGUGGUAACAAUUUCCAACCUGUUGACAACUUAAUUACUGAAAGGUCUUGAAAUUUCCAGCUUCUGAAUAGAUCUCAGCUGCCUCAAAUGUUACUGAUUAAUCAUCUUCUCUUACUGUGCAAUUAUUAUUAUUAUUCUAUUCUCUUAGCUUCUUAGAUUAGAUACACAAGUAUCAUCUUUUAGUCCAGUGCAUCAAAUGUGAUCGUGCCAAUACAAGUUUUAAGAUUAUCGCUAAGUUUUUCAUGUUUAUUUCCAUUCUUUUUGCUCAAGAGAAAAGAAAAUUCUUACUCGUUUGUGCUAAUUGGGCUUACUGUGCUUGGAUGUACAGUGCUACAAGGAUGGGUGUGGAUGUGUAGAAAAUGUUUUAGGAUACCAAACCUUUUUAAAACCAAAGGUGGGAGAGGGAAAGGAUGGAUUGAUUGGCCAGACAGGACUUUCAAUGAAUUCUAAGCUGAUAGAAAGCACAAAUACAUUGAAUGCUGUUUGUUGGCUUAAUUCUGUCCCAUUUCAUGAUAUUCACGAUCCAUCCCAGAUGYGCACAAAGUCAGAUUCAUCCAAAUUUUUAAAGUGAUAAGUCGUCAUCCACAAAAUAUUCAUACCAUCACCACAAACUUGAUGUAGAUACUGGCUAGUUUUGAGAAAAGACUUUYAUGAAAUUGAUAGGCAUUUUAAUGACAAUGGAAAUUGAAUCGACCGCAACUCAACAAUUUAUUCUCUACUCACCUUAUACUGUUGCAGUAUAGUUUGCAUAUAUGAAUGGUUCGAAGCCUGCAAUAGUAUUAAGUUACAAAGGUGUGCAAUUCUGAAGUCAUUGUUUAAGAUGUCUUAGCGAUAUCUUAAAAAAUAUCRCCAGUUACUCCAUAUUACCAAUUUCUUACAUUUUGUCAUUUCCAACUUUUUAUGCUAUAUUUUAUCCAUGGUAGUUCCAAUCAUAAACCCCUAAAAAGAAUCCUACAAUGCUUUAUUUUCUGCUUUUGAUAAAAAUUUAUUCAUUUCAAUUUCAUUAAAUAAAAAAAUCCAAAAGAAUAAAUUUUACAUCAAACGCAGAAAAUGAGGCAUUGAGGGAUUCAUUAAAAGGGUCUAUAAAAAGUUGGUAUCUCAAACGCUAGACUGGCUAGAAAUUUAAUCUUAUAUAGUGAAGGUCCUAUAGUCCUGCUUAUGGAUAUGAUUUUGAAGCUCGUACCUUUGUAUGGAUAUAUUACAGCUUGGGAGGGGGGAGGGGGAGCAAAAUUAGAGGCUUCUAAUCAAUCAAUGUAAGGGGGAAAAAAUCUUUUUAACGCUGCUGUUUUUUCCCCAUUCUUACAAUGUUUUCUAUGAAAGAAUUAUAAAUAUUUGCUCUGUUCAAGUUGCAAAAACCAAUUUGGAAUUGGAAUCUUGUGAAUGUUUCUGCAAUUGUAUAACUUGAAAAGGGAAAGAUAACAAGAUCUGCCAGAAUUGUAUAUCAUAUUGCUCUAGCUGCAUCUAGUAAAUUUAUGGAUCAUGAUUUGCUUUGAGUUCUUCAAACUAUGGUAACUUUUUGGAAAGAACRUAUAUAGUUACUAAACCUGUGAAAUAGAUAUAAUACUACUAUAUAUGCAUAGACCCYAAUUCCAUUUUUUUCUUUUAUAUCUCUUUGACUAUUACACGGUGACUAGUAUUUUUUAUUUCACGGGUUAAAUGCCCUCACUCCAUUAGUUUAGUAUGUACUGGCAUUUAUUUCUUUGCCUUUUUCUCUAGUGCAAUUGAAGAAAUGCGUAUUCACAGGAUAUGUAAAAACACAUCUUUUCUUUUUGGAUGUGUAUAACUAUUCUUAGCUAGCUAGGUAGGCUUUUCCAAUUUUUCCAUUCUAAGGCAGAAUAAAAUCAACUUGUUCUGUGAUUUAA